GAAUUCUUCUUGAUGCUGAAAGAAGGAAGUCAGAUGCCAAUCCAGGAAUGUCCCCUUUAAGAGUAUCCCUCAUCCAGGACAUGAGGCAUAUUCAGAAUAUAAGUGAGAUCAAAACAGAUGUUGGUAAAGCUAGAGCUUGGGUUCGACUCUCUAUGGAAAAGAAAUUACUUUCCAGACAUCUGAAAUACCUUCUUUCUGAUUAUGAACUCACAAAAAAACUCUACAAACGCUAUGCUUUUCUCCGUUGUGAUGAUGAAAAAGAACAGUUUCUUUAUCAUCUCUUGUCAUUCAAUGCUGUAGAUUACUUCUGCUUCACCAAUGUUUUUACAACAAUUUUGAUUCCAUACCAUAUAUUGAUUGUUCCUAGCAAAAAGCUUGGUGGCUCAAUGUUUACAGCCAACCCAUGGAUGUGUAUUUCAGGAGAAUUGGGUGAAACAGGAAUCUUGCAGGUUCCAAGAAAUAUGCUGGAGAUGACAUUUGAG